CACAUUCAUAACGAGGCUUGGCGUUUGCUGUACGUUGUUUUGGCGUGGAUUUUGGAGAUACCUACAAAAAUCCACCAUCAUCAUGAAGCUCGUGCGGUUUUUAAUGAAGCUGAGCCAUGAAACGGUGACAAUUGAACUGAAGAAUGGGACAUUGGUACGCGGUACAAUAACAGGUGUAGACGUGAGCAUGAACACACAUUUAAAAGCUGUCAAGAUGACUGUGAGAAACAAAGAUCCAGUCCAGAUUGAUACACUCAGUAUACGUGGCAACAACAUCAGAUAUUUUAUUUUGCCAGACAGUUUACCACUAGACACACUAUUGGUUGAUGACACACCCAAGGCAAAGGCCAAGAAGAAGGAAGCAGCUGCUGGAAGAGGCAGAGCCAGAGGUCGAGGCAGAGGACGUGGACGUGGUAGGGGACGAGGCAGAGGAAGAUAGACAUAAUAUUUAUGUUUUAUAAAUUUAAUAUGUGCAAGAUUUUUUUUUUUAAGUUUUCUUGUAUAGUUGGGUGGGGGGUCGAGGGUGCUUUGACUUUGGUCUUUCGUCCCCUAUUUAAAAACAUGCUUUUGCACGGCCAGAUAUUCAAUUGAGUAGGUUUAGCAUAAAGUAAUUGUACAUUAUUUAUUCAAAUAAUGACUUAUAUUAUGUUCUACACUAAAUUUUGUUUUUCGAGAAAGUUGUCGAUGUGACAAUACGAUGAAUUGUUUUCAUCUUGACCAAAUAUUCAGUAACUUCAUAUUUAAAUAGUGUGAAGUUACAAGGGGAAACUGUAGGUGUAGUUGUCACAAGAUAAACACUGUUUCAAUACAGUGACUUGGUAAGUGUGUGUGCGCAAAGCUUCUCUCAAUUUAAACAUUCCUAAACUUGAAUAGAUUGUACCAAAGCAAUUGACAAAAUAAUUUCAAAUCUGCUGUUUGAGGAAUUUCUUGGUUUGUGUAUUUGGUACGUCUAGGCCUGCAAUACUAGUACAGGUAAGCACCUAUGUUUGAAAAAAUUACGAAAUGUAAUCUUUUUUUCUGUAAAUAUAUGAAGAAGUUUGAGCCUCAGUGAUUUUAGUUUUCAGUGGUGUCCCAAUUUUGUGUUUUCUUGUUACCAGGAAUUUUGUGUACAAUAUUAUUUCUAAGCAAUUGGCUGCACCAGUUUAUUUUCAUGCAUUCUUUAGUGAAACAAACUAUAGGUAGUCUUGUUGAUGGUUGGGGGGGUGUCGCUUUUGGAUCUUGGUAAAGGUUUUAUACAUCUUUGUGAAAGAUAAACUGCCUGUGUAAUGACUUGAUACAUAUUUUUAUGUGGAUGUUUUACAAUAAAACUACAAAGUAUAU